AUGAACAGGAAAGUUGCCGGCUCUGUUGCCGGAUUUGCUACCUGUUACUCUUUUAUGGGUCUUUUCUCCAGUGGGAACCAUGAUAAUACCAAUCCUCCUCCUCCUCUUCCUCCGGCUCCGGUCUCUCCUCCAGCGUCUCGUAAUUCCAAAUCUGGUAAUGCCAUCAGAUCUCCAGAAGAAUUGGGAAUCAACCCUAGUGGUUUCUUUAAGUAUGGCUUCCCAGGCCCAGUGAACGACUUGGAAUCAAAACAAGAGUUUGUCAGCUGUUAUGACCGCCGUAAUAAAAACCCAUACUGGGUGUUGGAACACAUCAACAAAGAUUCCAUCACCUCCAACCGUGACGUCGACAGAAAGUACUCAGUGUUUAAGGAAGAUGAGAAGAUCCCUCAAAAGUUCAGAGCGUUGUUGAAAGACUAUUUCAAAAGUGGGUAUGAUAGAGGUCACCAGGCGCCAGCCGCCGACGCCAAGUUCAACCAAUUGGCGAUGAAUGAGACCUUUGAUUUGACCAAUAUUGCCCCACAGGUCGGCGACGGUUUCAACAGAGACUACUGGGCCCACUUAGAGGAUUUCUGCAGAAGACUCACUAAGAAGUACGACUCCGUGAGAAUCAUUACUGGUCCGCUAUACUUGCCAAAGAAAUUCCCUGAUGGUAAGUUCAGAGUGGUGUACGAGGUGAUUGGUAACCCUCCUAACGUCGCAGUGCCAACCCAUUUCUUCAAGCUUGUUGUUGGUGAGAAAGAUUCCGACCCAAAGUCUGUUGCCGUCAGUGCCUUUGUGUUGCCAAAUGACAAGAUUUCCAACGACACUCCAUUGACUGAUUUCCAAGUUCCAGUAGAAGCGUUGGAAAGAUCGUCUGGUCUCACUUUCUUCAACAAGUUGGAUUCAUCAGUCAAGGUCAAGAACAUGUGUCAUGAGGUGAGCUGUCUGAUUAUUGUCAGAGAUUUUUCUAAUAAAAUGAAGGCCAUUGGUGAUGGAAAGGGUCAAUUAGCUUUGCCAGCCCCAAGAAACUAA